AAUGUUUUGUUUUCCGUAUGAAUACAUCUUGUGAUUUUUUUUCUUUGGAAAUAGUGCGAGGUUGAAGAGGUAAACACCUUGAAGGGUCAGGCUUUGGGACUUCGGAGUGACUUCCCCUGCGGCAUCAGGAAAGUGAAGCUCAUGCUGCUUGCUGUCUCCCGCCUGUCCAGGUGAGCAUGGCUCAGGGGGCCGCAAGAGGGCGGCGCUACCUGCGCGCCUUUGUGAGCGGCUUCUUCGUGGCCGUGCCCGUCACCGUCACCGUCCUGGACCGCCUGGCGUACGUGGCCAAAGUAGAGGGCGGCUCCAUGCAGCCCUUCCUGAACCCAGAAGGAGCGUCCGAGUGUGACGUGGUCCUACUGAAUCGCUGGAGUGUCAGGAAGUACCACGUCCAGAGAGGAGACAUCGUGUCCAUCUUGUCACCCAAGAACCCGGAGCAGAAGAUCAUCAAGCGUGUCAUCGGCCUGGAGGGAGACUUCAUCAGGACUCUGAGCUACAAGAAGCGACACGUGUGCGUCCCCGACGGCCACCUGUGGAUUGAGGGCGACCACCACGGCCACAGUCUGGAUAGCAACACCUUUGGCCCGGUGUCGCUGGCGCUCCUCCACGGCCGCGCGUCUCACAUCGUUUGGCCACCGGGCCGCUGGCAGCGGAUCCGAGCCCACCUCCCGCCAAACCGAGCGCCGCUCGUCACCCGCGACGAUGACGAGUGAAGGCAUCGUGAAUGAGGCGUCGGCUUUGAGCGCUUCCUGCUGGCGGGAUGCUCUGUGGUCGCCGUGACAAUCAACUUGUCAUUUGCUGCAAGCGGACCGCAUGAGCGUCUACUCGUUUCUUUCUUGGAGGGAGAAAAUGUUCUUGCCUUGCCUUAAGAAGUAACUUUGAUGUGUUACGUUGACAUUGAAUCAGCAUCACCUCCAUCCAAUUUUUAGACCUUUGACCUCACUUAUUGACAAUAAAUCAAGUUGACAUGAU